AUGGACCUCCCCAGCGGGAUGCUCCUCGCCUGCUCCCUCUGCCUCCUGCCCGGGUUUAGUGACACCUUCAACAUUGACACCAAGAGGCCCAAAAUCAUAGCUGGCUCUAAGGAAGCAUAUUUUGGCUACACAGUGCAGCAGCAUGACAUUGGGGGGAAGAAAUGGCUGGUGGUGGGAGCUCCCUACGAAACCAACGGCCAGCAGAAGACGGGAGAUGUCUACAAGUGCCCGGUGACCAGCGACACCCACAGCAACUGCACCAAACUCAACCUAGGACGAGUAACGCUCUCCAAUGUCUCCGAGCGGAAGGACAACAUGCGCCUCGGCCUCAGCCUGGCUACCAACCCCAAGGACAACAGUUUUCUGGCCUGUAGCCCCCUCUGGUCCCACGAGUGCGGGAGCUCCUACUACACCACGGGCAUGUGCUCCCGGGUCAACUCCAACUUCAGGUUCUCCAAGACGGUGGCUCCGGCUCUGCAGAGAUGCCAGACGUACAUGGACAUAAUCAUAGUUCUGGAUGGAUCAAACAGCAUAUAUCCUUGGGUUGAAGUUCAGCACUUCCUGAUAAACAUCUUGAAAAAAUUUUAUAUUGGCCCCGGCCAGAUACAAGUGGGAGUUGUUCAGUACGGAGAAGACGUCGUCCACGAAUUUCAUUUAAAUGACUACAGGUCUGAAAAAGAUGGGGUAGCGCCUGCCAGUCACAUAGAGCAAAGAGGAGGUACAGAAACCAGGACUGCCUAUGGGAUAGAGUUUGCUCGCUCAGAAGCUUUUCAGAAAGGUGGCCGGAAAGGGGCAAAGAGAGUAAUGAUUGUAAUCACAGAUGGAGAGUCGCACGACAGCCCAGACCUGGAGAAGGUGAUUGAGGACAGCGAGAAGGACAACGUCACCAGAUACGCCGUGGCCGUAUUGGGUUAUUAUAACAGAAGAGGAAUCAAUCCCGAGGCCUUUUUGAACGAGAUAAAAUUCAUAGCGAGCGACCCGGAUGACAAGCAUUUCUUUAAUGUCACGGAUGAAGCAGCACUCAAAGACAUUGUGGAUGCACUGGGGGAAAGGAUAUUUAGCUUGGAAGGAACCAACAAGAAUGAAAUCUCCUUUGGCCUGGAAAUGUCCCAAACUGGAUUUUCCUCGCAUGUUGUGGAACUGCGGGUGGGGAGCGGGAAGGUCAUUCCCCUGCGGGAAUCUUAUCUCCAGGAGUUCCCGGAGGAGCUGAAAAAUCACGGCGCGUAUUUAGGUUACACCGUCUCCUCCGUCAUAUCCACCAAGCACGAGCGGAUUUACGUUGCGGGAGCGCCCAGGUUCAACCACACCGGGAAAGUCAUCAUUUUCAGCAUGCACAACAACCGAAACCUCACCAUCCACCAGGCGCUGAAGGGAGAGCAGAUCGGCUCCUACUACGGCAGCGAGAUCAACUCCCUUGACGUCAACGGUGACGGUGUCACCGACGUUUUGCUGGUGGGAGCCCCCAUGUACUUCAGCGAGGGCAGGGAGAGGGGGAAGGUCUACGUCUACACCCUGCGGGAGCAGAAUCGCUUCGUUCCCAGCGGUGCCCUCGUCGAUCUGCAGAGCUACCAGAACUCCCGCUUCGGCUCCUGCAUCGCCGCCGUGCCCGACCUCAACCAGGACUCCUACAAUGACCUUGUCGUUGGGGCACCUUUGGAGGACGAGCACCAAGGAGCUAUAUACAUCUUCCUCGGCUUUGAAGACACCAUCCUGAAGAAGUACAAGCAGCGGAUUGCAGCUGCGGACCUCGCCCCGGGCCUGAUGUAUUUUGGAUGCAGCAUCCACGGGCAGCUGGACCUGAACGAAGACGGGCUCAUAGACUUGGCCGUCGGCUCCCUGGGGAAUGCUGUGCUGUUGUGGUCCCGCAGCGUGGUUCAGAUCAACACCAGCAUCCACUUUGAGCCCUCCAAAAUCAACAUCUUCACCAAGGACUGCAAGCGGAACGGGAAGGAUGCCACCUGCAUGUCGGCCUUCAUCUGCUUCACCGCCAUCUUCCUCUCGGCUCACUUCCAGACGGCCAGCGUGGGGCUGCGGUACAACGCCACCAUCGACGAGCGCAGGUACACGCCGCGGGCUCACCUGGACGAGAGCGGGGAGCGGCACACACAGAAGGGGCUGGCACUGCUCGCCGGGCAGGAGCACUGCGACAGGCUCCAGUUCCACGUCCUGGACACAGCUGACUAUGUGAAGCCGGUGACGUUCUCCAUUGACUACGAGCUGGAGCACCCCGAGAACGGCCCCAUGCUGGACGACGGCUGGCCCACCUCACUCAAGGUCUCGGUCCCUUUCUGGAACGGGUGCAACGAGGAUGAGCACUGUGUCCCUGAUUUGGUCCUGGAUGCCAGAAGCGACGUGCCCAGUGCCAUGGAGUACUGCCGGCGGGCGCUGCGGAGGGCGCCCCCGGACUGCUCAGCCUUCACCCUCUCCUUCGACUCCUCCGUCUUCGUCAUCGAGAGCAGCAGGAGGAGGGAGGCGGUGGAGGCGGCGCUGGAGAACCGAGGCGAAAACGCCUACAGCACCGUCCUCAACAUCUCCUUCUCCAGAAACCUCCAGUUCGCCAGCUUGAUCCCCAAGGACGACUCAGACAUCAACAUCGACUGCGUGACUGAAGACAAGCACCCCACCAAGAAAGUGUGCAAUGUGAGCUACCCGUUUUUCCGAGCCAAGGCCAAGGUAGCUUUUCGCCUGGAUUUUGAAUUCAGCAAGUCGAUUUUCCUUCAGAACAUGGAGAUCUACUUGAUCGCCAACAGCGACAGCGAGGAGAAGGAGAGCACCAAGGAGGACAACUUCGCCCACCUGAAUUUGCACCUGAAGUACGAAGCCGACCUGCUCUUCACCAGGACGUCGAGCCUGGACUACUACGAAAUCAGGUCGAACAGCUCCCUGGAGAGAUACGACAGCAUCGGCCCCCCCUUUCAUUGCACCUUCAAGCUGCAGAACCUGGGCUUCUUCCCUGUGGAGGGGGUGACCAUCAAGCUCACCGUCCCCGUGGCCACCCGGGGGGGCAACCGCCUCCUGCUCCUGACUGAAUUCAUGGUAGACCAGCUGGAGAACACAACCUGCAACAUCUGGGGAAACACCACCGACUACCGGAGGGUGCCCACCGAGGAGGACCUCUCCCGCAUCCCCCACCUGAACCACAGCAACUCCGACAUCGUUUCCAUCGACUGCAAUGUGAAAUUAGCCCCCAACGAGGAGAUGAACUUGCACUUGCGUGGCAAUCUGUGGAUGAAGUCUCUGAAAGCACUGAAGUUCAAGUCACUGAAGCUCACCAUGAACGCCGCUCUCCAGCGACGCUUCGGGAGCCCCUUCAUCUUCCGCGAGGAGGACCCCAGCCGCCAGAUAACGUUUGAAAUCUCCAAGCCGGAGGAGUCGCAGAUCCCCAUCUGGAUCAUCCUGGGGAGCACGUUAGGAGGUCUCCUGCUCCUGGCCCUGCUCGUCCUCGUGCUCUGGAAGCUUGGAUUUUUUAAAAGCGGGAGCCGCAGGCGCGCGGCGGAGCAGGAGCGGAGCGCCCAGGGGCUGGAGUGA